AGAGCGGAGGAAGGCUCGUGGGCCCCGAGUCCAGGUCAUCCGGGUGAAGCAAUCUAGCGUGUGCGGAGCCGGGAAAAAGUAUCUGCAACCAGGGGCCCCUUUCGAAAACUCACAACUGCCCCCGGGUGUAGACAGAUCGGGGAAUUACCGCCUCCAUAUGAGGGAGAAGGAAACAAGCGCAAGGAUGUGUGGUGACUUGCUCAAGGUCAUGCAAGUAGAGAUGGAGCCAGUCCCGGAGUACAGACUCCCAGGUUUUCCUUCCUCUGUCUCUGUCACCUUAUCUGCCCAGGUCUAAGGAUCCUCUCGCCCUCUGCCUAGGUGGGGCUGUGAGUCCCAGGGCCCUCGGAAUCCGGCCGGCCGCAGCCGGUUCGCAGAGCGCUGGCUGCCUCGAGGUGGAUGAAUUGCCCCAGCGGUCUCCCACUGGGGCGUCAGAGUUGGGGCUGAGACUUGUGCAGGGUUGCACCUAAAGUCCCGAGGGACUUGGAGACUCUCUUGUACCCUUAAGUCGGACCUUCCAGGACUUCAUGAGUGCUGGCCUCCUUGAGGGCCUUGGGGAGCUGGGAUCCAUGAUCCGUGGAUCAGGUCUGACUCUCCCCCCACACCCCCCGCUCUCGCUUAGGUCGUGGCCCUGGGCUCUUCGGCGGGCUCUUCGGGGGAGUGGGUUUGCGUUUUGCUCUGCGUUCUGGACCUCAGUUUCCCCAGUGUGGGACCCGGCAGCUAGUCGGUUCCUGAACGCACUUCCCUUUGCUUCCCCUGCAGGUGGAAGGGAGCCCACGCGGCGCCUGAAAAUGGAAAGCCACUGAAGGCAGCUCUGGGCUGGGACCGCCCGUCGGACCCGGCGGGGGGGAUUCCAAAGAGACCGCCAGGAAGCCCAGGGCUUGGAGUUCCCGCUCCCCGGAGCCCGGGUCGGCCUCUGCCGCCGUCUCGGAGCUCCGCACACCUUGUAAGGGGGAGGCAAGCUGCUCGUAGCCCCGCACCCCAGGAGGCGCGCUCCGAGUGAAGCCGCCACGGUGCCGCCUCUGCCUCGGCGUGGAACAAACGGUUAAAGAUUUUGGGCAGCGCCUCGCGGGGGGAGGAGCCAGGGGCCCAAUCCGCAAUUAAAGAUGAACUUCGGGUGAAUUAAUUUGUCUGACCAAGCUAACGUGAGCAGCAACCUGGGCCGCCUAUAAAGCAGGCGCGCGGCGGGGUUCGGAGCGCUGGCGGCGGCGGCAGGUGGCGCGGGAGGCCGCGACGCGCCAUGGGGCUCCCGGCGCUGCUGGCCAGUGCGCUCUGCACCUUCGUGCUACCGCUGCUGCUCUUCCUGGCCGCGGUCAAGCUCUGGGACCUGUACUGCGUGAGCAGCCGCGACCGCAGCUGCGCCCUCCCUUUGCCGCCCGGAACUAUGGGCUUCCCCUUCUUCGGGGAAACACUGCAGAUGGUGCUACAGCGGAGGAAGUUCCUGCAGAUGAAGCGCAGGAAAUACGGCUUCAUCUACAAGACGCAUCUGUUCGGGCGGCCCACGGUGCGGGUGAUGGGCGCCGACAACGUGCGGCGCAUCUUGCUCGGGGAGCACCGGCUGGUGUCGGUCCACUGGCCCGCGUCCGUGCGCACCAUCCUGGGCUCCGGCUGCCUCUCCAACCUACACGACUCCUCUCACAAGCAGCGCAAGAAGGUGAUUAUGCGGGCCUUCAGCCGCGAGGCGCUCCAGUGCUACGUGCCGGUGAUCGCCGAGGAAGUGGGCACUUGCCUGGAACAGUGGCUGAGCCGCGGCGAGCGCGGCCUCCUGGUCUACCCCCAGGUGAAGCGCCUCAUGUUCCGCAUCGCCAUGCGCAUCCUGCUGGGCUGUGAGCCCCGGCUGGCGAGCGGCGGGGACGCCGAGCAGCAGCUGGUGGAGGCCUUCGAGGAAAUGACCCGCAAUCUCUUCUCGUUGCCCAUCGACGUGCCCUUCAGCGGGCUGUACCGGGGCUUGAAGGCGCGGAACCUCAUCCACGCGCGCAUAGAGGAGAACAUUCGCGCCAAGAUCUGCGGGCUGCGCACGGCCGAGGCGGGCGGCGGCUGCAAAGAUGCGCUGCAGCUGUUGAUCGAGCACUCGUGGGAGAGGGGAGAGAGGCUGGACAUGCAGGCACUAAAGCAAUCUUCAACGGAACUCCUCUUUGGGGGACAUGAAACCACAGCUAGUGCCGCCACAUCUCUGAUUACUUACCUCGGGCUCUAUCCCCACGUUCUCCAGAAAGUUCGAGAGGAGCUGAAGAGUAAGGGUUUACUUUGCAAGAGCAAUCAAGACAACAAGUUGGACAUGGAAAUUUUGGAACAGCUUAAAUACAUUGGGUGUGUUAUUAAAGAGACCCUUCGCCUGAAUCCCCCAGUUCCAGGAGGGUUUCGGGUUGCUCUGAAGACUUUUGAAUUAAAUGGCUACCAGAUUCCCAAGGGCUGGAAUGUUAUCUACAGUAUCUGUGAUACUCACGAUGUGGCAGACAUCUUCACCAACAAGGACGAAUUUAAUCCUGACCGAUUUCUGCUGCCUCACCCCGAGGAUGCGUCCAGGUUCAGCUUCAUUCCAUUUGGAGGAGGGCUGAGGAGCUGUGUAGGGAAGGAGUUUGCAAAAAUUCUUCUCAAAAUAUUUACAGUGGAGCUGGCCAGGCAUUGUGACUGGCGGCUUCUAAAUGGACCUCCUACAAUGAAAACCAGUCCCACCGUGUACCCUGUGGAUGAUCUCCCUGCGAGGUUCACCCGUUUCCAGGGGGAGAUCUGAUGGGUUCGAGGGCCCAGAACUCAUACCUAUUUGAAGUGUACAUGAGUUUUUACACAGUGUCAUGUUGAUUUUAUUAUAUUUAAUUUCUAAAUGUAUAUUAUAAUAUUUAUGUGUCUCCACUACAGUACCACCGUCUUUAAAUAUUAAAAUAAUGAAUUUGGAUAGUUUCCAAAUAAAGUAAAAUC